GGAACGCGAUCCUUUGAUGAAGAAAUGGGCUGGACUUGUGUCGUGUAGUUGGGCGGAUUCUCUGCCUGUUUUUCUUUAGCCUACAAUUCUCUGGGAAAGCUUAUAGUCGGACUGGGUGGAAACAAAACAGUGAGGCUGAUGGCACUGCAGAGUGAAGAGUGCAGAAGGACCGGGAGCAGUGAGUGAGCGAGGCCGGCGGAUGAGGAAUCGCCGAAGUGCAGCAGAGAUUGCGGAGAGUGCAGCAGAGAUUCUGGAGCUGGUUUUUCAGUACGGGGUUUUGGAUCGGAUCGGGCCGUAUCAUGCCUCGGUCAUCUAUUGUAGACGUGAAGGUUCAGGACGUGCAGAAAAGACGGAUCCCGAAUAAGCAUUAUGUUUACAUUAUUCAAGUCACAUGGUCCAAUGGUUCCACAGAGGUUAUCUACAGGCGGUACAGCAGAUUCUUCAAUCUGCAGAUGCAGCUGUUGGAUACCUUCCCAGUGGAAGGAGGCCAGAAGGACCCAAAGCAGCGCUAUAUUCCUUUCCUGCCAGGUAAAAUUCUCUUCAGACGAAGUCACAUCAGGGAUGUAGCAGUCAAGAGGCUGAAACCAAUUGAUGAAUACUGCAGGGCCCUCAUCCGACUACCAGCCCAUAUCUCGCAGUGUGACGAAGUUCUCCAAUUCUUUGAAACAAGACCAGAGGACUUAAACCCACCUAAAGAGGAACCAAUUGGAAAGAAGAAAUCUGGGCUUGCAAUAAUCCAGAGAACGGCUUCGUUUCUAAAGAGAGGUGGAGAUGGGGCAUCUGCUGACCAGUUUUUCCUGGAUCAGUAUGUGGCAGUAACCAAUUAUGACAAACAGGAAAGUACAGAGAUCAGCGUGCAUCAAGGACAAGUAGUAGAAGUAAUUGAGAAAAAUGAAUCGGGCUGGUGGUUCGUGAGCACAGCUGAUGAGCAGGGUUGGGUCCCUGCCACGUGUCUGGAGGCCCAGGACGGAGCUCAAGAUGACCUUUCAGUUGUUAGUGCCAAGCCAGGAGAAGAGGAGAAUUUUGUUGUUGUUUAUCCCUACUCAGCAAGAGAUAAUGAUGAAAUUGAUUUGGAGAGAGGUGCUGUGGUGGAGGUUAUACAGAAAAACCUGGAAGGCUGGUGGAAAAUCAGAUACAAAAAUCAGGAGGGCUGGGCCCCUGCCUCAUACCUGAAAAAAGCCACCAGUGAUCUCUCAGGUCAGAAAAUUACUUCAGGGCAAUCUGUCCAUUCAAGUGCAAUGGACCUUGAUGGGCUUGGAAAACAGCCAGCCUCAGCUAAAGAGACCAGAGAAAAGGCAUCGUUGUUUGACCAAAAAGAUGAAAAAAAUGAGAUCCGUGGGGCAGCAGGUGCUGAUGUGAAAGGCAAGUUACCAAACGCAAGACAGAGGCCACCUCCACGAAGAGAUCUUACUGUGCCACGUGGAUUGAAUCUCCCCAAACCUCCAACUCCUCCUGAAGUAGAAGAAGAGUUUUACACAAUAGCUGCUUUCCAGACAACCAUUCCUGAUGGCAUCAGUUUUCAGGCAGGACAAAAGGUUGAGGUAAUAGAAAAGAACUUAAGUGGUUGGUGGUACAUUCAGAUAGAUGAUGAGGAAGGAUGGGCUCCAGCCUCUUUCAUCGACAAGUACAAAAAAUCAAGUAAUGCUUCAAGGGCAAAUUUCCUCCCACCAUUAGCACAAGAACUGGCAAAACUUCAACUGGAUGGAACUACAGGAAGCAGUAGUAAUGGGGAUAGUGCCUUUGUUGCUAGACCUCUUCCCAAAGAGCCACAAUCAAACGAUGUUGACAAUGAGGCCACUGUUCAACACAAACUGAAAGAGCAACGAGGAAGGGAUGCAAGUAAGAUCCCAUCUUCUGACAAUAAAUUCAACUCUCACUCAAAUGUAGAAUCUCAAUCCAAGUCAUGUUCUCCUUCAAAUAUUAUUAAUAAUGACACUUCAAGAUUUAACAAAGAGAAGCCCGUCCUCCCAUUAAAGAAAGAACAGAUUAACAGCAAGUUUGAGGUGGAAGCAGUGGAUAAGCAUUCAAAAGUACUUCCACCAAAGCCCAGUGUACCAGGUGGUAUUUUACCCCUGUUGCCACCAAAAAUGUCAUCUAAAGGAGACAAGAAACUGACUGCUGAAGCAAGUAAAAUUUCACACUCAAAAGGACUUGAAUCUGGGCCCAAGAUGUUAGCAGGUGAAAUUGCAAGGUCUAAUCUAAAGCCUGUGGGGAGACAAGCAAAGUCAAAGCCUGAUACAGAGGAAAAAUCAGUGGAUUCUUCCCCAAAUCUCCCACUAAAGCCAAGACCCCUUUUGAGGCCUAAGCCAUUUCCUGUCGUGAAAGGAGAAAGUCAAUCUGAAUCUGAAGUUGACAUCUCCAACCUCAGAAGUAAGUUGAGAAGAGCAAAAUUGCCAGACAAAAUGGUGGAGCAGGACUCCUCUCAGAAUAUUGCUGGCAAUCAAAACUACUCAAAUAAUCAAACCUCACUAGAUACAUGUAGCAGUUCUCCUGGAAAUGUAGAAAAUGUGCUUCAAUUGAAACAAGAUUUUGGAAUUAGCUCUAAGGUAAGUGAUGUGAAAGUUAUGCAGAGAGAGCAAAAUGGCCUUGAAAAUGAACAGAAUGAUAGGGAUGAUCCAAGUAUCACUGAAGAGAAAGCAGCAAAGAGUUUAAAGCCAAUUGAGAAGAAAGGGAAUGACCCUCAACCAAAAGGCCCAACUGUAGCAAACAAAGAAGGUCCACCCCGACCAGUUGUGCCACCCAGAAGACCCCCACUGCCAAAGAAAACCUCCAUAGAAUCUGCCGACGUUAAAGGUAAUCAAAAAGAUACAGCUGAGAACAAACCCACCUGGGGACAAAAUAAACCUUCCAUCCCUCCACCAAGAUUUAAAUCAGGUUCAUCUCAUGAACAAAGCAAAGAUGAGAUUAAGGCAAAGGGAGCUUCAAAGGAGUUCCUCCCAACGAAAGGAUCUGUUCCAUCCAAAGUUCAUGAACAUGGAAGAGAAUCGAUCCUUCCUUCAAAGGCAACGGACAGACAAGCAGAAAUAUUGGAAAUGGGGAAAGAGAAGAAUAAUGCUACAUCAAUCAACAUUAACCUGUCCAAAGAUGAAGAAUCUUCAAAAGAAUGCCUUUAUGUAGCUCUUGCAGAUUUUGCAGGAGACGAGGAAACCGCUGGAUUUAAGGAAGGAACUGUAUUUGAAGUAUUUGAAAAAAAUGCCAAUGGAUGGUGGUAUUGUAAAAUCCUAAAUAGCGAACCAAUAUGGGAGGGCUGGGCCCCUUCUAAUUAUCUAAUCAAGAAGUAAGAUUCUUAGUGCAGGUUUUUUUUUUACACUGCAAGAUGCUUUUUCAUAAAUAAUAUUUAAUUAGCUCAUUAAUUUAUAGGUUUACGCUUUCUAAAAGCAACUUAAUACAUUCCUUGUAUAGCUUUAACCUAAGUUGGAACAACAUGAAGUGCAUGGUCAGAAAGUAGAAGAUUUCAGUAAGUAUUACAUAUUUUACACUUUUGUUUACUCCAUUUAGUCAUGAUGAUCUGCCAGUCAUCAACCAAGAUCAAACAAAUGCUCUUGUUUUGAGCACAUUGUAGUGUUUAAAGGUACUGGACAAGCAGCUGAGAUUGCAUCAUGGCAACCUGUCAAGACUGUCUUUUUAAAAAAGAAAUCAGUUUACUAACAUUGUUGAAGUAGAGAAGUUAUCCAACUUGACUUAGUCUAUCCUCCACGACCAUAUUCUGUGGAUUAUUGAUAAGGUCUUCUGAGAAGGCCAUUCAAUUCUCCACAAAGUUACUGUGGUAGUGUAAGAAAUGCAGCCAGCAUCGCCCAAUAAGAAGAAAAAGAGGAAAAAAGAAAAUCAAAACUCUCAGUCUGUGAUUCUCACUAAUCCAGUUAUCUAAAAUGAGUUUUUGUAAUUGGCAAGAAAAUUAGAAUUUAUUGCUGUUUUGCCAAUUAAAGUUGCUGUUGAAUACAUAACCAAAUUAUUGUGAUUUGCAAAAUUUCAACAGCAUAAAGGUUCAUAACAGUUGCAGGCAUCAGGUAAUGUAAUUCUGGUACGAGUAAAUUCUGUCCAAAAAACCCUGUUGUUCCUUCUUAAAGAAUUACUCUGCAUAAUUGUUUGUAUUAUUUUUCUUUAUAUUGUAGAAUUCUGCAUUGGUAGAUAAUAUAGAAACCUUAAUAUACAGCUCUGUCAAAAGGGACACAGUAGUUUAGCUGAUAUAAUGCACGUAAAGAUUAAGAAAAUCAGUUAUACACACGAGUAACAUAUGGAGUCUGCUGAUGAAUUUCAAUGCAAUGACAGAGUACCUAAGUUCACAAUAUGUAUUGAUUAUAGAAAUCUAACUAUAUACAGUUAUGUCAUUGAUACACUUCAGAUACCUCUGAGACAAGGGGCUUGUGAGAUAAGUGGGUGGAUGAUACUUCAAUCUAGUUGGUAAUUUUCUUUAAUGAAAAAGAGGGUUUGUUAGUAGGUUAAUAUUGAAACAAGUUUACUGCUAACAAAGAAGAGUGUACUGAGAACAAUGAUGAACAAAAUUUAAAUUGAGUAAUGCUUCUCUAUUCAUUCUUGUUCCUUGAAUUAUUUGUUUGGUUAAUUCCCCAUGAAUGUAAACUACAUGGGGUCUUUAAAAAAUAAUGACUAAAACAUAUCACAUGUAAUGUAGUGUAGACUUCAAACAUUUAUUGGGCUUGAUUGCUUUAAGAGGGCUUGACUGGUAUCAAGCAUAAACUCUGAAGCAAGAGACUUGAAAUGUGAAACAUGCUUUUAAAAUUGUUAACAUGACUUCUUUUAAUAAAACUGAAACGCAUUUGAAGGUAGCAAGAAGUAAAAUACCUCACAUUUGAACCAGGGAACAUUAAUAUUCUCCUGUCGUGCAACACCAAGAAAAGAUGCUUAAGCAAACACAAUGCAAAAAUAAUUGCUUUAAUUUGGUUAUGAUAACAAAAAUAUUUAAAAAUUAUGUGUACAAUAUUUAAGCAGCACUGGAGAUUACACUGGUCCCACACCCAUUCCUAUUCGUUAGCUUUUCUCUUGCCUUAUAGUGGCAAUCAUCUGACGCAUCUAAAUAAAUUGCCUCCAAGCAUUGUAAAAUAAGUUUUGAUUUCAAAUGCUUCACCUACACUUGUUUCAUCUAUACACUUCACAAUUACACUGGUUUGAUGCCAUCAACAUAACAGACAAAAUUGCCAGAUGCUACUGGGAAUGGAAGCUUGACCAGGGAAAUUUCCAAACCUGGUUUUGUAAGUUUGCAAAAGAGAAAGAAGUCUAUAAUUAAAUAAUACAUUUUGAUAUCUAAAAACUGACAUUCAGUGCCAAAACAGUGGUGAGUAAUAAAUUUAUAUUAGAUUGCUAAAAUCCCAUCUUACAUUGAGUAUCAUGUACAGUUUUCUGGGAUACACUAAAGCAAAAGAAAGGCCCAUCUUUUAUGCAUAUCCCAAGAAAGUUUUGGCCUAUAAUAAAUUGAAUAAUGCAGGACCUUGCAAAUUUCUCUAGGUAAUCUUUGCAGGUCUUUUUAUAAUUGCAUUGUCUAACUGGUUUUGGAGAAAAUGGAUCAUUGUUAAUAUCGUUUAUGUCGGCAUAAUCAUUAGAUUAUCUCCCAAAAUUUUGUCUCAUUCAAUACAAAUCUGAGCAACUGAUAAAAUUCAGUAUAGAAAGGUUUAGAUGUGGAAUUAAUUGUUAUUCUAGCUGAAUCUCCAUCCUAUUAAGGAGAAAAAAUAAAACGGAAUGGUUUUCCUUGUUGCUGUACAAGGUUAUAUUAUUUCAUAAUAUGCUUACAAAAUUUUUACAUUACCUGUCCUCAGCAAUAUAAAUUAUUACUCAUUGUGCACAUGGAUUACUCAGGCCAAAUUAUUCAUUUGAGUUGAGUAAUGCUUCUCUCUGAAUUCUUGUUACAGAGAUGAUACUUAAAAGUGGAAAGAAAUUCUUGAGUCAAAUGUUGUAAAUGGUAGGAGCUUGCUACCUGUUUGAUCACCUAGUUAGUUAGACAUAUACAAUUACAGUUACCCCACGUGCAGUGUUUCGCUGUUGGAAGUUUAAGACUCCUCACUAUGAACAUAACUUGCCGUUAGAUAUGGUCAACUGCUGAUGUGGUUCUAAAUGUAAGGACUAACCCAAAGAAGGGGAAAAAUGUGAACCAGGAAGGAAUGAAAAUCAGAAUAAUACUGCUUAGAAUUAUUUUCAAGUGGUUUAAACUUCACAUUCAGCUAGGAUCAGAAUGAAUAGUUGAUAGUGCAAAGUCCUGAGGGUGUUUUCCAGUAUUUAAGAUGCAAUAUAAAAGCAAACUGUUGUUGGGAAGGCAGGAAUGAAAGUUGGUAAUGGUGUUGAGAGUGGUUAUGAAGUUUGAAUUUGGGCCCUGUCAGAGAUUUGCAUUACACCUCACCUAGAUCACGUAUGGAGAUCUUCAAGUCACAGAACACAGUGGAAAUCUUCCAUUUUGUAACACUGACACACUUCAUUCUGUUAAGCAUGUUUACACAAAUAAGAAAUAACAAUGAACAGGGUUUUAUGUUUUAACAUGAAUUACCUCUCAAAGUCCACUGAACAACAGCAACAUCCUGACCAUUAAGUGAUUAGCAAUGGAUUGUGCUGAUCCUUGAAGUUGACAGGAAACAUCUUCCAUGGGCAAGUACAACAACAUAAUUACAAAUUUAAAUAAGAAGGGAUUUUGGCCUUGAUGUCACGUAUGGCCUAUGUUCAGUUGUCUGUAAUUUAGAUACCAUUUCUAUAGAAAACAUUACUAAUGAUAAACUGUCAAUUUGAAUUUUGGAGAAGCGCUGUCUCAAAUUGCAACUAUGUUUUUUUUGUUACAAAGGUUUAUUUUGUAGAACAUUAAUAAACACUUGCAGCUUUUGUUUUAAA